AUGCAGCCAUACUCGAGGUUCGGUGGAACGAGGAAAUGCUUCUACGAAUUCCAGUUGUUGGUAAACUGCCACACUUCAGCAGACACAACGAAUAAGAAACAGUGCUUGCCGGCGUUCGAGGAUUACAACGAAUGUCUACAUGGUCUCAAAGAGCGUGCUAAAGCCAGAGCAUUGAUUGACCAAUUGGCUGAAAAUGAGCAGAGCGGAAAGGGAAUCAAAGCUACUGAAUUGUACAAGAAAAGCAACCAAAUAUAUGAAAACUUGAACUUGGUAACAAAGGAAGACAAGUAA